CUGUACAAAAUCUACAUUACCUCGAAAAACCUCGCUGUGUAUGCACAAUAUUUCAAUCGACGUCUAUUUAUUUACUGUGUGCAGACGGAAAAGGAAGGGAGGUUAGAGACGGAGAGAAAAACAUUUUGAAUUUUUGUGUUUAACAAAAACAGAAAAAACCAAAUUUUUUCGAAAUUAUUUAUGUGGUGACAAAAAAUGAUCAUAUACAUUUCAAUUCUUAGGCUAACUUGGAUUUUAUUGCACACAAUUUGAUCUGAUCCAGUAUCCACUUUCCGCUGUAAAAUGAGAUCUCGUAGAACAGCUUGGGGUUUGUCAAAUUGUAAAAUACUAGGGUCUUGCGGGCGUGUAUAUGGGGGUGGAAUCUGUAAUAUUCAAAAUCAGCGCCUUGAAAAAAAAAUUUUGAAAAUAAAAUCACAAACCUUGUUCAAACAUACAUAGAAUUAUAAUUAAAGUACUGUAGUGUAGAUACAGUUAGUGCAAAAAUAUACAAUUGAUUAUAAUUUUUAUCCAAAAAAAAACAGGGCGUGGUGUUAGAUUAUCUACUGUACCAUCUUACUGUAAUCAAUCACAGAAUGGUGUGAAUAUGCAAUUGCCACGUCAUAACUAAUAUCUUACUGUAAUUAAUUAAAGGUGGCAUUUGUUAUUCUCUGCGUCUCUGCACUCUCUCGCCCCUAUUUUCUCUAUUUGUCUAUCAGCCUAAGUCCCUUCCUGCCAGAACAAUACUAGUGCAAAAUUUGCAUAACCUUGAAUUUUAUCUCUGCGUCUCUCAAUCUCUCGCUCAUUUUGUAUUAUUAUCACAGUAUAACUACUAAAUAUCACCGAGAUAUUUAUUUUUUUUUGUAUUUAACUUGCCACGUGGCAUUGAUAUUCUGUGACCGAGUGGCUUGCGCGGCUGCCUAUCAUUUGCAAAGCCAGGGUUCGAGCCCACCUGCCGACCAACUUUUUGUUUUUUUUUUUUGCAGGUCAUCAAUCAUCAUGUCCCAAACUCUUUACGCCAAAGAAUUUCUGGAAGAGAUGGAAAAAGAAGGACGCGAACUUGAAGAACUCAAUGCUCGUCUCGCAAAUUACGUGGAUCGAGUCGAAAAACUCGAGGAGGAAGAUCGGAAAAUUGUUGCUGAUUUGAAGGAAUCGAGAAGAGUGGCAAGUUAAUGACCUCUCAAAGUCGCAAAAAACAAAACUUUUUUUUUUGCAGGCCAUGUUCAAGGUAGAUACAGAAAAGCCCGAGAUCCAGACUGGUCUUCCAAAUUUCAUUGAUCGAAUCAAUGAACUCAUAAAUCACAAUCGGAAAUUCCUUGCUGAUUUGCAGGAGGAAUCAUUAGAAUCAGCAAACAAACAAACAAAACCAAAGAAGAAAAACAAGAAGAACAAGAAGCAGAAAAAGAGAAGAUGA